AUGGGGAAAAAGGAGCAGGAGAAGAAACCUGAAGAGGGAGAGGAGGUAGAUGAGAUCAAACUCCGUGGAACGGACAUCAUGAAAACGAAUGGUUGCUUGAGGAAUAUUGGCGAGGAAUGGGAUGACACCCAAAACGGUAUCAUCAGGCCUCAGGCCUGCAACCCUAUGGGGGACCAGCUGCAGAAUGACGGGUAUAAUCAUCCUUUCGAAGAUGAUUUACUUAUUUCCAUGGAAACUCUCACUUACAAUACGCCUGACGGACCUAAACAAUGGGAGGAAGUGUCAACCAAGAAGCUUAGAAAAUGGAAGAAGGAAGUACUUCAGAAAGUAGAGAAUAGGAAUAACAAGAGAAUGAGGAAGAGACUGGAGAGGAUUUAUAACAGCCUCGAUGAAGAAAGUGAUGCCGAUAUAGUUUCAGUCAGAAGAAAAUUUGAAGACAUUCACUUCCAGAAUCUGUAUGUAGAUGAUGGGAAAAUUCAAGAGAAAGUAAAAGUUCAAGUGGAUGUGAUAGUACAAGAUCAUGCUAGGAAAAUUCCCAAGUGGAUUACGAUAGCACCUCAACGUUCAUCAGAAAGUCUUCGUUUAGCUCCGCCAGUGCAAGAACUGAUUGACAACCAAGCCGCUGUUUUCAGAAAGAGAGUGGAGUUGUCAAAUGAAUGUUGUUCAUCCAGACCUCUACAGUCACAACUUCCUGGCAUUCCCAUUUCACCAAAUACAGUAGCCAUACCCAAGCAUCAGCCUUCUCCAGAAAUGAAUAAAACUUGCUAUGAUAGUAUCUUGGAAGAAUACCAGUCUGCAGAUGAGGAAUGUUCCUGGAGCAGUAUAACUAUUGCAGACUUGUAUCCAGCGAUGGUGGAGAUACUUACAAGGCUCAUGACAAAGCAGUCUCGGAGAAAAGAGUUAAAAUACAUGGCCAGAUACUUAAGGCACAAAAGAUGGCAUUCUAGAAGACCGAAGCUCAAUGUCACUGUAGACAAAAUAAGAGGGUUCAGACCUCUUAAGCUGAAGCAAGCUCUGCCAAGCAUAUGCAGCAGUAGGAGUGAAGACAUCCAGAAUCAAACUUUUGUAAAUGAGAACAGAGAAUUUUGUGAUGACAAGUGUUCCAUUAGUAAUUUAUCUGGUCUGGUACCUUAUUCUUACAUUGAUUCAAAUGAAAUCAAAAUGGACUACGCUGAUGCAAGUUUAGAACAUCAUUUGCUAUCUGGGAAAGGUCAAAAAGUCUCCAAACAGACUGUUUUUCCUAAUGUUAUGGCUAGAAUGGGAGAGACCUUUGUAGUUGAAGAUGAGUUACAGACUACUGUCUCACUGGAGAAUUCAAAAUGCAAAGAAAGUGAAAACUUGGCUUACAAAUGUUCCUCAGAAUACCAUUUUAUAACAUCCACUGCCAGUUCAGGGUCAACAGCGCUUCACCUGGUAAAGGAGAGUAAAUCUCAGAAGACUGACGUUCCUUGUGGUGAUGCCUCAGAGUUGUGUUCAUCUCCUUGCAGUUCCUAUGGCAAUAGUGACACUGUUAUACCUGUCACAAACUGCUCUCUUGCAAGAGCAUCACAUACUUUGCUCAUAAGUCCUGAAAGACACAUUUCUUUCCAGCACAAACACUCAUUUUCCUCAUUGUCUGUGAAGCAGAGUCCUUCAAAGAUGCCCCAGAAAUACGAAGAUGCAUUUGAAAAACUAUACUACAGACUGUGUUCCAAAGAAAUCCAAAAGCCUUUGACAUUGACAAGACCUCUUUCAAAUUCACAGAACCUUGAAGAGAAAGGAAGAUUAGUAGUGAAGAGUAGUUUAAGCAGUCCUUUGAGGUCCAAUACACUGUACGAUAGAGAAUUUGACAGGAUCAUGAGCAGUUGUGUAGUGAGGCUGUUCCAGAGCUUCAUGGGUUUCAGAGAGCUUCAAAUUUAA